AUCGAACGGCCAAUCGUGCCAAUGGCAUGGUCGUCGUCGCGCAGCUCGUCCAAUGAACGACGGGGACGAUCCACGUGACUCACGUGACCCACGUGCGCACGACGAUCUCUCAUUUCGGCUCAUCUUGGCCUAACGGGGCCCUAACCCAAAUUCUCGCCUCGUCGCGCAUUCUCGCCAAUCUAACGCUAACGGACCGUGUAUUUAUCUUUUUUUUCCCUUCCCUUCAAUGUGACCCGAGCCACCCGAGGUAACAGCAGGCGGUGCAAGUGCGGUAAAAGUCGGUGGUUCCCAGUUGAUCCAUGCGGAGAUCGUUUUUAACUCUUGACACACACGUAGAAAGUACAAGCCUUAUCUGUGAUCUGUUCUUUUGUAAUCUGUAUCUUUCUUUCCGAUUGUGUUCCGCGUUAGAUAUACGACUAAUGAUUCUUUUAUCGUCGCUGCCCCGAUAGCUCGUUCUGUCGCCGAUCAUGCCCAAGUGCUUGAGAGUUGACAAAUCCGUGAGGAAAGCCGAGGACGGAUCUCACCGCAGGCGUCACGGUAACACGUGUAGGGAUGAACGAAAACGCUGCGUGCAGAGAACGAUUUUGAACUCCUUGACGAGCGAAGUGUUUAUCACUCGUUACGACGAAUUGACGGAACUCAGCGGGCAGCUCGCGGCUAAUCUCAAGAUCUCCUCGAGUCUCCAGUCCAAAAGGAGGAACACGAAAUCCGACGUAGCAGAUAAUAUCCAGGGACAAGUCGCAUCCAAAUCCUCAGAAGAUGCUGCGCAAGAUAAUACGACGCAUCCCUCACAGCGUGCGAGCACGUCUCAGGUCUUCUGGGACGUUUUCAACAGAUUGGAAGCGAAGCACAGCACUGCGGGGGAAUGUAACGAUUCUGCGAAAGAAGAAAGAAAACACGACAGGACGACGAUGGUGUCAGCUAACGACAAUUGCAGGACUAAAAAUAUAGUUACGAAUCAGGCUGAUACUCUCGAUAACAAAGGAAAAUGCUCGAGAUUGACAAGGGCUAAUACACGAAAUAAAACAGGAACGCAUGCGGAAAACAAAUCAAGCGCAGGGAAAGAAAACUGUGGUGAAAAAAUAAUAAAGAGCAAUCCGAAGAAGAAAAAGAAUACAGUAGUAGAGAAACCAAUCAGGAAGAUAUUUACAGAUCACAUACCCGUGCCGAGAAUGUUGAAUAUUUUAAGAAAGCAACCGUUCGAUGGUGUACAAUAUGUAACAGGAAAUCUCCGCGUGAAUCCUUCUUUUUACAAAUAUGCUUAUUUACGUUUGCAUAACGAAGAACGUGACCUGCUGAUCGUUGGUAUAUCAAAUAGAAAUCGUGCUUUUGAUGGGGAUCUGGUUGUGGCAUGCGUAAACCCUGAAAAAUUCUGGCACGAGUGUCCCGACGGAGAAAUACAAAAGACUGGUAAAAUUGUUUGCAUAUUAGAGAAAGUGCAUUCGAGACAAGCGGUUGGAUACUUAAAGAAGAAAGAAAAUUCGCUCCUGAUGUUUCACCCAAGAGAUCAGAGAGUACCGCUGGUUGACAUACUUCCUGAAUCUGUGCCGUCUUUAUAUCACGAUCAACCAGAACUUUACGAGAAUACAAUGUUUUUUGUUAAUAUCGAUUUUUGGGACCAGAUACAUGCAUCAGGGCGAGUUCUUUCGAUCGUGGGUAAAAGUGGCGAGAUAAACACGGAAUUAAACGCCAUAAUACUUGAAAAUAAUUUAGAUGUAUCUCCAUACCGAGAAACGUUAUUGAAAGGACUUCCAACUAGUGAUUAUACUUUAACAGAGGCUGACUUAAAAAAUAGAGAGGAUUGGAGGCACGAAUGCAUUUUUACGAUAGAUCCCGCGACAGCUGUUGAUAUAGAUGACGCCCUUUCUUGUAAAGUCUUAGAUAAUGGAAACUACGAAAUUGCUGUACAUAUAUCAGACGUUACGCAUUAUUUGGAAUUUUUCUCUCCGCUAGAUACAGAAGUUUUGAAACGAGCUACUACUAUUUAUUUGCCACACAUGACUUCUCAUAUGUUACCGGAGGAACUGUGUCAAGUUUGUUCUUUACUACCUGGUAAAGAUAAAUUAGCCUUUUCUGUGAUAUGGGAAAUAACGCCAGACGGUGAAGUCUUGAAACAUCGCUUCGCAAGGACUGUAAUGAGAUCGUGUUGUCAAAUGUCCUACGAAUCGGCUCAAGCCAUGAUCGACGAUCCGGAAAAGUCUUGGCCCGACGAUUUUCUCGACAUAAAGGGAGAUUACACGGCAUCGUUAUUAUCCGAUAUAGUGAACAAAUUAUUUAAAUUAUCCACACAGUUGCAAAAUAAACGAUUUGUUAACGGUGCGCUCAGAUUGGAUAAACCAAAGGUGGAGAUACGUAUAGAUCCCACGCUCAGUCAGGAACACGGGAUUCCGAUACCUGUAAACUAUUAUGUGCAUGAAAAACACGAUAGCAAUAGUCUUAUAGAAGAAUUUAUGCUGUUGGCAAAUAUGACAGUCGCCGCACAAUUGUACAAUAAAAUUCCCAAAACGGCUUUAUUGCGUAUUCAUAAAGCUCCAUCCAAGCACUGCCUCAAGACGGUUCAUAAUAUAUUGCAAAAGUACGGAAUUCAUUUGAAUACUGAAACAGCUGGAGCCUUACAAGCCAGCAUCCGUCGUUAUGAUUCAGAAAAUAAUUCUGUCGAUUUUAUGAAAUACGUUAUGAUGACUAUCGUAAAUAUGUGUUCAAAGUUUAUGAUGCGUGCAGAAUAUAUAUGCGCAUCUACCGUAUCUUUGCCGAGUGAUUUAAAACACUAUGCAUUAAAUGUGCCUCUUUACACGCACUUUACCUCUCCCAUUCGAAGGUAUUCCGAUUGCAUAGUCCACCGUUUGCUCGGUGCGACACUCGAAAAUAAACCUUUACCAGAAAAAUGGACGGUCAAGUUGUGCUCCAAAAUUGCAGCCAAUUGUAAUUUGAAGAAAUAUAAUGCGAAAUUAGCUCAGGAACAGAGCACGGAGGUGUUCUUCGCGUAUAUGGUAGGCCUUGCAGGCGGAUUUGAAGCGGCAGCUACUGUAAUAUACGUGAAGGAAGACGGUAUAGAAGUUAUGCUCUGUGAUACUGGCAUAAAAUUAAGAGUAAAUCUUAAAGACAUAGAAUCCGUUGCCACAUUGAAGUAUACCGCAGAUUAUGUACCAACUAUAACUGUCAAUUGGAUGAAACCGCCUACUGUACAGAUAAUCAGUUUGUUUAGUUUGGUGCAUAUACAGGUAAAGAAAAUUAAUGACGAAUUCCGCUUAAAAGCAACUCUUCUACCACCGCCGCAACAGUAGACAGAGAUUUAGGACAUUUUUAAUUGAUUUUAUAAUAAUUGGCAAUUUAUAUGAUUUAUCAGAAUCCAUUUUAAUGUAUGACAAAUUGUAAUAUUUUAAGAUUUUACGAAUACUCAUGUAUAUAUAUAUAUAUACAUGGAAAAAUUGGAAAUUUGGAGGAUUACAAAUAUUAAUUAGUGAAAAUACAGAAGACACAGUUUAACGAUCAUAGCUACACUGAGAAUGCAAUAAAAUCAUUUUUAAAUCAUUUUAAAAAUGAUUAACCUGUAUGAUGGAUAAAUUAUUAUUAUAUAUUUUUUUUA